AGAUGGCGGAGUGUGGAUCAAAUGAUCGAUUUAAUGAGAAAUCACAGUUGCAGGAGUUAAAUGAGAGGUUCUGUCACUAUGUACAAAAUAUGAAAUGCUUGACAGACCAGCUCGAAAUGGGUGAUAAUUCAAAUGAUAUGAAACGGAUUCAAGAGUUGGAAGAGGAAAUCGUCUCGGCUCGUACUUUGUACAAUAAGGAAAUACAGGGUCUGCAUGAUCAGCUGAACCAGAACUGCAAGGAAAGGAUGCAGAUCGAGAUCAACAACCUGAAAAACUCACAGAUCAUAGCGGACUUCAGGGAAAGUAUACUGGCCCUCAACACAGCCAUCUUGCAGAAGGAGGAGGAGAAGAAGAACCUGGAGCUGUUGCUGUGCCAGAAAGAAGCGGAACUACGGGAGCUGCAGAACAGUGCCGGUAAACCUGCCAUGGAAUUGGAGGAACUUCGUCGCGAGCUUCAGCAGCUGCACCUUUGCCUCGAAGAAGUCCAAAAGAAGUAUGAGAAGGAACACAGGCUGAACCAAGAGCUUCAGGCCACAAUUCACCAGCUGAGAUGUAAACUGGACUCACAGCAUGAAAACCAUUGCCAGGACAUGGCGUGCAUGAGGGAGAAGGCAGUCGAGGCGGAGGCUCUGAUUCUGGAACUGGAGGAGAAGUUGCGGAGGGCAAGCAUGGAUGACGGAGGCGUCAUGGAAUUGCUGAGGAAGAUCCGUGAGGCCAAUUAUGCCGAGAUGCAACAAUACCGGUACCAAACCGAGCAGAACUACAACCAAAACGUGAUGGAUCUGACAUUGUGCCUGAACAAGGAACGCAUGCAGUUGGAGCAGAUUCAGCAGGAAAAUCAGUGCCUUCGUCAGCACGUCAACAACCUAACGACGGAGAUUAAAUUGCUACAAGACAAGCUGCUCUCUGAGGAGGAAAACAAAGUUGCUCUUGUCAACAAAUUGAACUGUGAUCAGCAGAAGAGUCAACAACACAUAAAUGAUCUGAAAACCAGGUUAGAGGAAGUGGAAGAUCUUCUCUUGGCUAAGAUGAAGGAACUACAUUGCAGAUUGGGGUCCAAUAUGCCAUCCCUGCAAGGCGACAUUGCAAGCUUUAAAUGCAUGCUUGAGGCAGAGGAACGAAGGUUGAACAGCUCCAUGGUUUGCUGCAAGAGGAGUUCUCCAUGCAAGCCCAGCCUGCCUUGCCCACGGACGCCCUGCCCUUCGACCAACCAGUCUGCGGCCCGCCGGGCAUCUACCUGCUGCCCGCCCGUCAACCUGCGGCCCUGCCCCCCUCCCUGCCCCAUGCCCACCCCCUUCAAGCCCGUGCAGAGGCCCUGCCCCCCGCCUCCCUGCCCCCCGCCCAGCUGGACGCCCCCUACCCCCCAGUGCUGCCCCCCCUCCUCCGCCCUCAGCACCCGCCUGCCCGCCUAUCAGCCCCCCUGCCCGCCCCCCCACUCCCUGGUGGCCUGCCUGGCCGGCAUGAGGCCCCCCUGCCCCACCAGCUGCUCCCUGCCCCCCAGCCGCAUGGGCUGCUCUGUCGGCCGGCCCAUGACCCCCACCUGCCUCCCCGCGGCCCGCAUGGGCUGCCCCUCCACCUCCCCCCUUGCCCUGUACACCUCCAUGCUCCAGGCCCGGUGCCCAUCCACCCCGCCCCUCACCUGCCCCCCUGCCAACCCCAUGCCAAGCUGCAACCCUCCGCCACCUCGCCCUUGCUCCGUAGCCUCCGUUGCCUACACAAAACCCUGCCCCCCCACCGAAAUGCCAAGGUUUAAACAUGACCAUUGUAUGGUACCGGAGUGUUGCAAUGGGGAGCCGCAGAAAGACUGCACAAAGCCUCCUCCUCUGCCUGCGUCUCUGACCAGCUGCAAGUCUGGCCAAGGCAACGACUUUUUCAGCAACAUGAUCAGGGAACUGAACCGCAACGGUGUGUGCAGCAAGUUUCCUGCCUCCAAACCAGUCGUGACUUCCUGCAACCCCAACACACCCACCGCCAGCAACAUUGGGAAUAUGAAAAUUGUGGAGGUUUCCACCAACGGCCACUUUGUCCGCAUUCUCAACAUCUCCCACAACGCCGAGGAGGACAUCGGCAACUACGUUCUGCAGCAAAACAUCGGUGGCCAUCCCGUGGCAAUGUACAGGUUCCCCCCCAGGACCCGAGUGUGUGUCGGCUCUGGCGUAACGGUGUGGGCGGCAGGCGCAAAGGUUCCACAUAACCCUCCGAAAGACUUCUUAUGGAAGGAUUGCAUCAAGUUUGCAACGGGACCUGACGUUACAACCAUUCUUUGCAAGCCCACCGGUCAGGCAAGUGUUCUGAUUUUACAAGUGUUCAUGAUGUAA